CAGCCCCCGCAUUAAGGCUGGAUGAGGCUCGCGCGCUACGUUUGCUGGCUGCAGCGAGCAGGGAAGAGGAGCUUUGGUGCAACCAUGCCGGUAGAUUUGAGCGACUGGGGAGGCUCCUUAAGCCUCCCCGAGGUGGAAGAGAAGCCGGUGCAUCCUCUGCGGGUCCGCUACGGGUCGGUGGAAAUCGAGGAUCUCGGCCAAGUGCUUACACCGACCCAGGUCAAGAAUCGGCCAACCCUGAUCGAGUGGGAUAAUUGCAGCCCGGAUAAAUUCUACACUUUGGUUCUUACGGAUCCUGAUGCUCCCAGCAGGAAAACUCCCAAAUUCAGGGAGUGGCACCACUUUUUGGUGACCAACAUGAAAGGCAACGACAUCAGCAGUGGGAAUGUUUUGUCAGACUAUGUUGGAUCUGGACCCCCGAAAGGAACAGGCCUUCACCGCUACGUGUGGCUGGUCUACGAACAGUCCCGGCACCUGACUUGCAACGAGCCCAUCCUGAGCAACCGCUCGGGGGACAAACGGGGCAAUUUCAAGAUAUCGGCUUUCCGCAAGAAAUACAAGCUGGGGUCCCCCGUCGCGGGCACCUGCUACCAAGCCGAGUGGGAUGACUACGUGCCCAAACUGUACGAGCAGCUCUCUGGGAAAUGAAACGGCCUUCGUGUUGUGCCCUCGUUCCUCUUUCUUGGAAAUUCUCCCCUUAGGAUAAAUGGCCUGGUUUACUCUGGAUGCGUUGCUGAAAAUGACUCCCAUUGACUCGCUAACAUGAAUUAAUCUAUGUUAAUUCAUUGUGGACCCUUUAAUCGGCAGCCUUUAUUGUUUAAAAAAAAACCCUGCAACUGAAUUGUAUGUUGCAUUGCUGCUUUUGAGAAGCUUCCAUCCUGAGAAUAGAAAACACUCAUUUUCUAUUACU